AUGCCAAAAGAGCAUAAUAAACUUGAGAAAAUUUUAGAUAAAUAUAAAAAUAUAGAACCAUUCCCAUAUCAGGAAACAAAAGAUAAUGAUGAAUCUAUAUUUCCUAUACCGUUACGUUGUUUAAUUGUAGGAAGUUCAGGUUCUGGAAAGUCAAAUUUAUUGUGGAACAUUAUAACAAAUUUUCGGGUUCCUUUUGAAAAUCUUUAUAUUUCUACAAAAACCAUUGAUCAACCGAUUUAUGAGAAAUUAGUAGAAGAAUUUAAUGAUAUAGAUGAAAUCGAAACAGUUAUUUCUAAUGAAGGUAUAGUUUCUGUUGAUGAAUGUCAACAUAAAGAAUCUAGACAUAAAGCUGAUUUAAUUUUAGAAAAAAAUGCAAAAGAUAUAUACAAAAAUCCUGAAACAUCUUUAGGUGAAAAAACAGCAGCUUUUGCAACUAGUAAUAUAAUGAAAGUAAAAAGAAAAUUAAGAAUGGGUCUUAUUUAA